AAAGAAGUUCAAAACCAGAAAACAAUCUGAAACCCAAAGACCAAAGUUUCCACCUUUACAAAUUUCAAAAAUGCAGAGGUCAACCAAGAAAGCUAAACAAGAGGAAACUGUUUCAAUCAACCAUCUAAUUUCAAAGCCAAAGUUCACAGACGAACAAGAGUUUUCCAUCAUGGUUUCUGCGUUAAAGAAUGUUAUAACAGGUGAUACAACUCAAGAAUUUCAAUAUUCUAUGACCACAAAUAGUGCCACCAUUGUUUCAUCGUCUUCACCAUCUACGAGCGUGUCAAGUUUAGAUCCUCCUCUGUUUCGCGUUUCCACAGAACCAGAGCCAUGUCGAUUCUGUAAAAUAAAAGGGUGUUUAGGUUGCAACUAUUUUGGAGCCGGCCCAGUUGCUGAUGAUGAUUAUAAUAACAAGGCCAAGAAAAAGAAGAAGAGUUACAGAGGAGUGAGACAAAGACCAUGGGGAAAAUGGGCUGCGGAAAUUAGAGAUCCAAGAAGGGCGACUAGAGUAUGGCUUGGGACUUUUAAUACAGCAGAGGAUGCAGCUCGAGCUUAUGAUAAAGCUGCUAUUGAGUUUAGAGGUCCUAGAGCUAAGCUUAAUUUCUCGUUUGCAGAUUAUACAUCAGUUCAGUUACAGCAGAAUAUAACCACUUCAAUAUCUUCUUUGCCCCAGCAAGAACAAGAGCCAGUACAGUUAGAGCAGGGAAUUAAAACAGAUGCUGGUAUUGGAAAAGAAGAAGAAUUCUGGGAUCAAUUAAUGAAAUGGGAUAAUGAGAUUCAAGAUUGCUUGGGGAUGAUGGAUUUCAAUGGCCAUUCUUCAGAUUCUGCUGGAGGGAGCAUUGCUCAUAGCUUCUGAUGUUCACUUUCAAUUAAACAAGAAUAGGAAAGGAAAGGAGAAAAAGAACAAAAGAAUUUGCAGUAGACUAGGGUGUUUUUAUUGUCGAGCUUAAGUUUUGUGGGGUGCGCUUAUUCGUGUGACAAACAAAACAUAAAAGAUUUUUAUUGUCGUUUCUUCACUAGGUUUACGGGUCAAAUUUGGUUACUUGAGUAGCUCAAAUUGACCUAAGUUGACCCAUAAAAGAAUGAAGAAAUUACAUCAUAUAUCACUUGGACCAUACAACCCAUUUGAAAGUAGCUUACAUUUGAAGUUCUUACCUAGUUUAAUCCAGAUUGUAUAUGUUUUGAAA